AUGAACGUGGAGAAUAUUUUCCCCAACAACGACGUAAACGUGGAGGAGAUCGAGAAGCUUUCCAACAGCGAAAUAAGAACGAGGAUCAGCUUGAUCGACACGGAAAUCAAAAUUUUAAAAAAUGAGCACACGAGGUUGAAGAAUGAGUAUAAGAGUCUGCAGGAGAAGAUAAAGGACAAUGUGGAGAAAAUACAUUUGAAUAAGAUGUUGCCGUAUUUGGUUGCGAAUGUAGUGGAAUCGCUAGAUCUGGAGGAUGACGAAGAAUCAAAUGAACCCAAAGAUGAGUACGACCUGUACGUAAACAAUUCAAAGAAUAACAACGAUGAAGGAUUUCGCGACAUUGAUGAUGAAAAGAGAGGAAAGUGUAUGGUUAUAAAAACUUCCACAAGACAAACCAUAUUUUUACCUGUCCCAGGUUUAAUAGAUGCAUCUGAAUUAAAGCCAGGAGAUCUCGUGGGUGUGAACAAAGACAGCUACCUCAUUGUGGAUAAAUUACCACCCGAGUAUGACAAUCGAGUAAAAGCCAUGGAGGUGAUUGAGAAGCCUUCGGAGGAUUAUUCAGACAUUGGAGGUCUCGAUAAACAGAUUGAGGACCUCGUGGAAGCAAUUGUAUUACCUAUGCUACAUAAAGAGAAAUUUGAAAAAAUCGGUAUUAAACCUCCUAAAGGCGUGUUGAUGCAUGGUCCCCCAGGUACAGGCAAGACAUUACUUGCUCGAGCUUGUGCUUCACAGACAAAUGCAACUUUUUUAAAAUUAGCUGGACCACAACUUGUACAAAUGUUUAUUGGUGAUGGAGCAAAGAUGGUCAGAGAUGCUUUUAACUUAGCCAAGGAAAAGGCACCAGCCAUUAUUUUCAUCGACGAGUUAGAUGCAAUAGGAACCAAAAGAUUCGAUAGUGAACUGUCUGGGGAUAGGGAGGUACAAAGAACCAUGCUUGAAUUACUAAAUCAGUUAGAUGGGUUCAGUACUGAUGAUACGGUGAAAGUUAUUGCUGCGACGAAUAGGCCGGACACACUAGACCCUGCUCUACUGAGAUCAGGUAGACUUGAUAGGAAAAUUGAACUACCUCAUCCUAAUGAAGAAUCGAGAGCAAGAAUUUUGCAAAUUCAUUCUCGAAAAAUGAAUGUCCAUAAGGAUGUGAAUUUUGAGGAGUUGGCUCGAUCCACAGAUGAUUUUAAUGGUGCCCAGCUCAAGGCUGUUUGCGUGGAGGCAGGAAUGAUAGCCCUUAGGAGGGGCGCCACGGAAAUCGACCAUGAGGACUUCGUCGAGGGCAUCACCUCCGUCCUCUCCAAGAAGAAGAGCACACUGAAUUAUUUCACCUAG